GUGCAACGCACUAUGCACCUCUCAUGCUUUUCCAGCGAAUUUCCCACGGCCUGCUCGUAAGCACCACUCGGAAAAAGCAUUCCUCAGUGUCUUUCAGAUGCGGCACAAACUUCCUCAGCACACGAUUAGACGAACUUCGACUCGGCGAUGAUGAAGCGUCUCCGACCAAUGUCCUGGAAGAACCAAAGAAAACUAUUGGCAUUCCCCGUACUCCUAUGAGCAUGUUGUUCCAGCUUGGAGAACCCAAAAAGGACACCGGCGAAACCGAGCCGUCCGUCCCGAAACGCUAUGGGGCUGCAGUCCAACGCGGCAAGCGGGCAGGUACUUGGCGGGCCCCUCCAAUAUUGUUGCAAUUGCUCGGCCCUCGGGCUGUGUCGAAUCUUGCAGAUGUACCUCAAGCGCUCCUCGUAUUACAAGGGUUGAUCGAUGCGACUCCAGCGGAUGCGAAAAAGGACCAAAUCACCUGGCAGGUGUUCGGGCUGGUUUUGAAUACAUUGAUUCAGCACCGACUGUAUUCAGAUAUCAAGACCCUGGUUCAAGAGAUGCGCCUACGAAACGUGCUACUUCAAGGACCUGUAAUGACAACUCAUAUAUGUUCCAUGAUCGAAAAAGCGCAUUUCCAUGAAGAAGCCUUCGAGUGCUACAAGGUCUUGCGUAGCGUGAAUCCGAGCAAGAUCAACUCUCUUACGCUAGCAAACUAUUUUAUCAACAAAGUCACCAAAAUACCGCAAUUCCCACGAGCUGCGCAUGUCUUCGAUAUCAUCGACCAAGCCAAUAAAACCUCCCUCGAAUUUCAACCCCAUCAAACCAUCACAAAUCUUCUGAACUGCUACUCGAUCAACCUUUACCGUUGGAACGAGAGAAAAGAGAACCGUGAAAAAUAUCCAGAUUUUCCGACCGACAUUCGAAAGGAGGUCGACGAAGUGGGCAAAUAUAUUCGUGCCCAAUUCUUUGACCCACCGGAUAUCCAUGUGUGGACAUCACUCCUCAACGGAUAUAAUUUCACGGGGAACUUCUCGAGCUGCUUCGAGCUGUGGGACGAGUUGCGUGCGACUGACAUGGUGAACCCAGUCACCGUCAGCGUUAUGAUGGACGCUUGCGGCCGAGCUGGCCAACUUGAGCUCGCUCAACGCACCUGGGCCGAGUUGCGUGCUGAGGGAAUUCCCCUGGACAAGAAGAAUUGGAAUGGGUAUGUGGAAUGUCUAGCAUUAGCAGGACCAUUGGGGCAUGCAGCUGCGAUGGGGGUUGUGUUGGACGAGAUGGGAGAAAAUGGGUGCCCUGAUGGUAAAGUGCCCGGUGCGACAAUAGAGACACUCUCCAUUCUUUUGGUGCAUUCCUGGGACGCAGGGAUCCGCAACAUUAUCGAACUAUUACAAGAGAGACUCCCAGAUCUCAUGCAGAGGAUAGAAUCUAUGGCCGUUGCAGAAGGAAGUAUCUUCACCGACCAGCCCAACAUCCCGCAGUCUAGUUCGUCAUACAUUUACAAGGCGAUUCGAAGUCACUCCUCUACAGCAGCAGCAGGAGAUACGCAGCUAACGAAGGGAAGGUGGAAGCGCAACUCCCACCAUGACAGCCCUUUGGAUAUGAGGACAUGAAUGGAUGGGAUUAGAAUUCUCCUCAUUGUAUUAUGCAUCAUUAGCACUGACAUUGUACAACCGACCGCCCAAUU